CGAGAGUGCGCUCUCGAAUGCUUCCGACUUUGACCGAAUAAUCAGCUGUUUUCCGUCACCACUCACCAAUUCUUUAAUUCUCCUUUCUCCUGUGGUUAACCUAAUCUGCCGUUUUUGAAUGUAAAGUCUUGCAGGAUGUGGUCUCAAAAGUACUGCAAGAGCGACACAGUCCUACAAUACGACCAGGCAUGUCUAAAUGUACACUCUGGCAACAUAAUACAUCCCACGGAUUUGUACCUGAAGACUGAAGAAUGUUAUAAGUGUGAUUAUACAAAAUGGACGAAGAUUCCGCAGAACAGCACAAUUUCACUGCUCGUCAGUACAACAGAUCGGCUUCAGUUCUAUGUGAAAGACCACGCUGCUGAUCAUUGCAGUCAAUCAUUCAAAUUUGAACAACAUGGAAUCUAUGGUUGGAAUAUCUCAAACGAUGGUUGUUCUCCAAUCUACAUAUCUUCAAGUCCAGAAGAUGCCUACUUUCCUCUCUAUGGAUUCCUUCUAUUAUUGUUCGGGCUGGUAUUUGGAAGAUUCCUGUUCAUGGUGUCAAAAAACAUAUACAACAAUUGGAGAAGUGGAGAAAGCGCACUCGAAGAUGAUAAUGAUGACUCAGGCAGUGACUAUCAGAGAGCGGCCAUGAUUCAAUCUGAACUGAUACCAGCUGAUGCAAGACGAGUUCAGAGAAAUAGAGUUUUGUCUUUGGAUACAUUCAGAGGAAUAACAAUAGUAUUGAUGAUAUUCUGUAACUAUGGUGGAGGACAAUACUCCAUUUUCAAGCAUUCCUCCUGGAACGGACUUAGUGUUGCUGAUGUCAUUUUUCCCAGGUUUGCAUUCAUCAUGGGAGUCGGUAUUGUGCUUUCAGUCCGCUCCCAGCUGCGUUCAGGAAGGCAUCGUUCGCAGAUCGUUGGAAAGGCAGUUAGUCGAAUGCUGAAAUUAGUUGUGCUUGGCAUAUUAGACUCGAAUUUAAAUCAUAACAACUAUAAUGAGCUGAGAUUUCCCGGAGUUCUCCAGCGUUUAGGGGUUUCCUACUUUCUGGUAACCUUCCUGGAAGUUACCCUUAUGAAAGACAGCCAAAUUUUCAAUGAGGUGGUCAUGCAAUUAGCCCUGCAUGGUAAAUCCAGCGAAGUUGAAAGCAAUUGUCUAGAAAAUCCCAAACUUCUCCGUGGAAAUGAGGUGGUGCACUGUCAUGCUGUACAAGAUGAACAAGUGCCCUUUUACUUCCAGCAUGACGGUGCACCAGCUCAUUUCCACCGAGAAUACGGAAGAUGGGUGGUUAUACAGGAUAUCCUUGACUCAUGGGCACAGUGGGUUGUUGUUAUUCUUUUGACCCUCCCUUCAUAGGCUAUCACACUCCACUUACCGGUGCCAGGUUGUCCAACUGGUUACCUGGGACCAGGAGGAUUGCAUGAUCACAGUACACAUUUCAAUUGUACCGGAGGGGCUUCAGGCUAUAUUGACAGAACUGUCUUUGGCUUGAAUCAUAUCUACCAGCAUCCAACGUCAAGGAGAAUCUAUCACACGACUAUUCCGUUCGACCCAGAAGGUCUGUUGGGUGUAUUAACGACAGUUCUCACUGUCUACUUGGGAGUAGCUGCUGGCAGAGUCAUUCUAUGCUGUAAUUCGACUAGCAGCCGAGUCAAGCGAUGGAUCUGCUAUGCAAUUAUCUGUGGUGCGAUUGGUGGAUUUUUGUGUGGCUUUUCACAAGAGGGAGGUUUGAUUCCAGUCAACAAGAACUUGUGGUCUGUGUCAUUCGUAUGCGCCACUGUGUCGCUUGCCUUCGUCAUGUUGGCUCUCUUGUUCCUCAUGGCUGAUCACUGGUCGAUAUGGACUGAAAAUCCUUUUGCAAAAGCUGGUAAAAACGCCAUAGUUCUGUUUGUGGGACAUGCGCUGACCAAGAACACCUUUCCUUGGAGUUAUUCACCAGUGUCCCAUGAAUCUCAUCUUGGAUUUCUAGCUAUGAAUGUAAUCGGCACAUCACUCUGGCUCAUCAUUGCCACAGAAAUGGCCAGGCAUGAGUUCUUUAUAACUAUCUAACCACAUUGAAAUUAAUCAUAAAGAAGAGAUAGUAGAAGAUGUCCACGGUAUAGGUCGUUGUUGUUCCGAUUAUCACUGAUUAUUUUAUUUAUUUAUUCGUAGAAAAUAGGUAGUAUCUAGGUGUAAACUGCAUUUAUUUAUUUAUUAUUUAUCUAAUCAUUCAGAGCUGUUGUUACUUCCAGAAGAGUACCACAUGCUUUCCCCCAAAACGGUUCAAAUUCUUAUUUAUACAACAGUCAAAAUGUAGCUAGGUCCUUUCAACCUUAAUUUAACAAUAUCGGGGGACCGAGCUUUGCUCUGGAGUGUAAAAGCAUAGAAAAUUUGUAAAUAAAGAUUGAAUUCAUAGUUUA